AUGAAGCCACUCGUUCGAAAUAGUUCCUCACGGGCAUCUAUAAGGUCUAAUUCUUCCAAAUUUAGGCCCCCUUCCAAUCCUUCAGAUAGCAGCAAGCCUGGUUCAGCUAUACGAAGGGUCUUAUCUGGGAGUAAUCGUCGAUGCGCGGAUUCAAACCUUGGGGAUAGCCCUGUGAGGUAUGGCAUUGGCCAGCGCAGGCAAAAUUCAGGCGCCGUCAUUCAGGACCUGGAAACCAAGCUAGAGAAUGCUCUAAAGGAUUCAGCACUGUUCAAGGACAGGAUUACUCAACAACUUGAGCGACACUCGACAAUCGAAAAGGAACUAGUGGAGCGAUACGAAUUUGCUCUUCAUGAAAGGGACCGACAGCUAGAUGAGUACGCGAAGUUGAUAGCCCAGCUUCAAUCGGAGGUUCUUCAGGCCUCCAGCUAUAUUAAGCAGCGAGAUGAGCAUGAAAAAGAGCUUAGAGAUCUCCAAAAUCAGUUCAAGGAGGUCGAAACGCGACAUGAAAAGGAGCUUUUAAACCUCAAAUUUGAAGCUAUCGAUCGCAAAAUAAAGCUUUUCGCUAUGGAAAAGGUGAUGAGAGAGGAAUUUCAUCAUGUGGUAGAGCAGAGACUGCAGAAACUCAUGGAGGAGCGGCACAAAGGUCUCAUCGAGCAUAACGCGACUCUUCAGAGAGAAAAGCUAGAUAUGAGCCGAGACAUGGAACGGUUGUUGUCGAUGACCUCUGCAAUGGGAGGGGAGCUUACCACGUUACAGCGUUCGAUGAAGCUUCAUCGCAAUGUCCAGGAUGAAGUUCUGAAACAUAGUGUUAUUCGAAUCCGGCAGCAACGAAGCAAGGAGGCCAAGCUGCAGCGCUUAGAGUCCAAGGUACGUGAGCUGCAGGCCCAACUGCAAGAGGUCCACGAGAAGGUUGCCAGCCAAUACAAGGACUGCAUUCAUAGUCUUGAAGAGGAGCUUAAAGCCACCCAGAAUACCCUAAAGACCCAUCGUACAGAGCUACAAAACAUGCGACAAUAUGCUGCGCAGGUGGUAGGGCAGAGAAGUGACUUGGAGAAGUUCUUUUACAUGGCACUGGAGGACUGCCGUAGGUAUCAGACUGGCAUGACCGCGAUCCUGUCCGCGCAGAAAAACCACCUUUCCUCCUCGACAGAAAGCAGUCGUGGGUCAACGAAGACGUCCAGACAACUCACGCAGGUGAGCGACACGCCUAUGCCACCUUUAGCUACACCGUCUUGCCAUGCUGCCGACCGCGUACACCCUUCGCCUGCCAGACACUCACCUUUUAGCAUGAAUCACCCUGCCCGGGUAGAUGAGUCGACGAAAUUAUUUGGUAUGACGGUGUUGCCCGAACUUUCCCGCACCCCUCCCGAUCGCGCCACCUCUCGUCUGACGAAUGGGGGGGGGGGCGUCCAGGGCGAUGACAAGGCGCAAACAGUCCCCGCAGCCCCGACGGCGUCCCCACCCCCCAUGGGAGCCUACAUCGAGGAGAUGUCAUGGCAGGACAAGGAGAAGGUAAUAAAGGCGCUCCUUUUUUAUAUCAAUUCGACUUUCUAUAGUACUCAGUCUCAACGUACAAACUGA